AUGGUCAAACAUGUUACUGUUGCUUUUGGUACUGUUUUAGCAGAUACAACACAAUUGCCGAAGCCGAGCCUCGGGGAAGACGGAAAAACAACGCUUACAGGCACAGACAGAGUUACAGACACAAGCACUCGCACCCACACAGCACAACUGGAAGCGAAUGAGGGUAAUGGGCAAAGUACAUCAACACGCGACAGUAACCACACCAACAAACACACGAGCACGGUAGCACAUCACCCCAAACCGAUGCUAUCUGGCUCAAGCUCAACUACAGCCGACACUGUAUUGUUCAAUACCGAACCCGAUAGCACACAAACUGAGGGCAAAUGGGUCCCCUCAUCCAAUCCACGGGUGUCGGCCGAGAAACGGACCGCUGGUACGGACAAAUCGGGCAAUUCGGACAAUUCCGAUAAUUUCGACAAGCCGUCUGAAGAGCUGCACACCGUGGAGCAGCCCUCGACUCGCAACCUGAGACACAACAGCUCACGGCCACCUUCGCGUCCUCAGUCAGCUCAGUCGUU